UAAGCAGUGAUUGUGUGCAGACUCCAAUAAAUGCUACCUCUGUGCUGCAUGCACAUGCAGAGCAAGUAGCUUAAAGGCAGUUGGGUUACUGUUCUUUUGACGGGGGGCCCCCUGCAUCCUGUCUUUGGUACACAGAAAUGGCUUGUGGAGUUCAUUUGGGGAUCAUACUGAUUUGCUUAGUUCAAGCAGAGCAUGUGCACAGUUUAUGGGCCACACAAGCUCAGAGCUCCUGGAGACAAAAUGGCAACAAAAAUGUUGGUUUAUCACAACACAAUAGUGGACCAGGAAGAUUUGGUGGCAGCUAUUCCCAGAAUCAGCUCAGACAGGCCUCAGCCCAGAGCAGUAGCUUUAACACAGAGACUGCACUUAGCAGUACUUAUAGAAAAGGAUAUUCCAGUAGUGGCUAUGCACAAACUCUUUCACAGCCAGCUCAGAGAGGCCCGUCUACAGUUCAAUUCAAACUGGUGCAGAGCAGCUUGCUGUCAAAACCUAACUGGCAAGUGACUAAGUCGCAUCAGGUAAAUGCACAAAAGGUGCCAAAAAAGCGGCCCCAUGGCCUUAAGGCUGAUAUUGCCACUGGAACUUCUCUUGCUUCUAAAAUUCCAGCCUAUGGCCAAACGAGUUUUUCUCCUCGGUCUUCCAAGCUGUUUAGUGCAGGUGCUCCUGUACUGCAGAAAAACUCAGUUCGGAGGCAGACGUCAGCCAGUGCCCCAGCUAGAAGAGUGUCCUCGCAUCGGACCUCUAAACCCUCUCAUUUCUCAUCUUCUCGGAAUGAGAGAAACAGAAAUCACCCCAGCAAAGUAGAGACUGGGAAAACGUACAAAAGCAAACUCUUUCCCAAGAAUGGAGGGAAUCCCCAAGGAAGCUGUGAGCCUCCAUCCAUAUGCAGCAAGGCCACAAACUAUGCAAGUUAUAGCCCGUCCCUUCCAGUGUCAAACAAACAACGACCCAAAUCCACAGGUCAGAGAUUGGGUUACAAACCAAGAGACACCACCACUAAUCCAAUCUCCGACAGGAACCGACAAGGAAAGUCUCAGAUUUUUGCCCCAACCAGAACGCACAACGUCCCUCAACGCUUCGGUGGCUAUGCUAUCAGACGGCUCAAAAAGCGCACUGACCAGAAGACCGUGAGUGUCAGGAAGCCACAGCAGACCUACACGGCUCUUUCAUGGCGGAGUGAGCCUUCCAAGUCCCAUGUGCAGAGUGCUCAUAAGGAGAGCAAAUGGCAGAGGAUUAGGCCAUCUGGGAUGCAAGCAGGUGCAGCAGGUUUCCUUGGAUGAAGAAUUAGUGUUUUGAAAUAAACAAAUUCAUUUAAA